CCCUAAAAAAAAGUCCAACAGCAAAUGCCCUUGUUUUAAAUCCACUUGAAAACACACAAACUCCCCAGAUCUCAAAAAAUCAACAUUAACACAACCAAAAAGAAAAGAGAUCCCUAAUUAGAAUUCAUUAUGGCGCGUGAGGAGAACGUGUACAUGGCGAAGCUUGCCGAGCAAGCCGAGAGAUACGAGGAAAUGGUAUCGUUCAUGGAGAAAGUCUCGACGUCCUUAGGGACGUCUGAGGAACUCACAGUAGAGGAGCGAAAUCUCCUUUCCGUUGCGUACAAGAACGUUAUUGGGGCUCGUAGAGCCUCGUGGCGUAUAAUCUCCUCCAUCGAACAGAAGGAGGAGUCGAGGGGAAACGAGGACCACGUGAAAUGCAUUCAGGAGUACAGAUCUAAGAUUGAAUCUGAACUCUCCAAUAUCUGUGAUGGCAUUCUCAAGCUCCUUGAUUCUUGUCUUAUUCCUUCUGCUUCUACUGGUGAUUCUAAGGUGUUUUACCUUAAAAUGAAGGGUGAUUAUCAUCGUUAUUUGGCUGAGUUUAAGACUGGUGCUGAACGUAAGGAAGCCGCUGAGAGUACUCUCUCCGCCUACAAAGCCGCUCAGGAUAUUGCAAAUGCUGAACUUGCCCCAACUCACCCAAUCCGACUUGGACUGGCUCUCAACUUCUCUGUGUUUUAUUAUGAGAUUUUGAACUCUCCUGAUCGUGCCUGCAAUCUUGCUAAACAGGCCUUUGACGAAGCAAUUGCUGAAUUGGACACACUGGGAGAGGAGUCUUACAAGGAUAGCACUUUGAUCAUGCAACUGCUUCGUGACAAUCUUACUCUCUGGACCUCUGAUAUGCAGGAUGAUGGUGCUGAUGAAAUCAAGGAAACCAAAGCUGACAAUGAACAACAGUGAGGGAACUGCCCCUCAAAUUGUCUUUUGACUUCUUCCUGAUGGUUUUUAUUGGGAGAAGCUGUUUCCUUUUAUUUCCUUUUUACUGUGGUUUCCCUUCAGCGUUCUCUUAUCCGUCCCAAUAACAACUUUGAUAAUUGAUGUUCAAUGAUUUCAUCUUUAUUUUAAUGUGCUCCUGGUGCUCAGUUUCUAUUAAAGCAUUUCAGUUGUAUUUUUGAACCGGAUAUAUAUCAAAUGGUACACCGAAGUGAUGCUCAAUCGGAUCGCAUUCAAACUUUCUUUU